AUGACUUACAGCAUGGACGAGCCAAGAAGCAUUCUGAAGAAAGAAAGUAGUGAAACCGAAGAAUGCCAAUUGGAAGAAAGUGGCAUGACUCUACUGAACCACAUCCCUCACAGUGAAACAUUAAGAACACACAGAUUAGCAGCAGAAAUAGAGAAUAUAGUAAGGCAACAAGCCCAUAAAGCCAAACGUAGUACUGAUGAUAAAACCCUCGGAUGGAAGUUAUUGUUGGAAGAGAACAACAUGAAAAUAUAUCGCCGUGAAGAAGAAGUCAAUGGCAUCUCUUGUGAUCCAAUCAAGGCUUUCUUCACCGUUGAUGGAGUCACAGCUUUCGAACUUUGUCAUUUCUUUUUCACUCCUAAAUAUAGAUACGAUUGGGACGUCUUAGUAGACAAGAUGGUGGUAAUUGAAGAAAUUGGUGAUGACACCCUGAUUUUCAUGCAGAAAUACAAAAAGAUAUGUUUUGCUAGCCAGAGAGACUCUGUAUUUUGGUCCCACAUCCGGAAUCUGGAGAAGGGUAACAACUCUGAUCAAUGGAUAGUGGUCAACCAUUCAACAGAACAUCCUGAUUAUGAAGUCAGCACCAGUAAAUGUGUGAGGGUACAACUUACGGUUUGUUUGUUAUGCCAGACUCAGUUUGAUCCUCCGGUUUCCAACACAGAUGGUGUAAUAUCGAGGGAUCAAAUAAGCUGUAAGAUCACCUACUCUGCAACUAUAGACCCAGGUGGUUGGACCGCACCAGCUUUACUGAGGCCGUUUUAUAAGAAAGAAUAUCCGAGAUUUUUGAAGCGAUUGACAACGUAUGUGAGGAGUCAAACUAAGAAUAAACCUAUAAGAUUCAGUUGA